CUUCCGUUUUAAUCGAUGGGCCCUGGCAGCGUGUUUCUAUCAAGGAUAUAUCGCUUGAGAACGCUGGGCACGCGAACUGCGAGAACUGUGACUGUGCGACACGCGCGUUCUUUCAGUGGGCGAGAGCAAUUCAGUGGAAAGCGAAACCAGAGCGUAGCAGUGUUCGACUGCCCCUUCACACCCACUGCAACCUUUCUUCGAACGAAGGUCACCCAAGGCUCGCACAUCUCGCCUAAAAUGAGCUUCAAGAAGCUCUCUGUGAAGGACCUGGAUGUCAAGGACAAGAGAGUCAUCAUCAGAGUCGACUUCAAUGUCCCUCAAGAUCAGGAUGGAAAAAUUACAAACAACCAGAGAAUUGUGGCAGCCCUGGACACCAUCAACUACGUUCUGGAUAAAGGCGCAAAGUCUGUGGUGUUGAUGAGCCACUUGGGCCGACCGGAAGGUCAUGUUAACAUGAAAUUCACUCUCGCCCCUGUUGCUGAGGAACUGAGGCACUUGAUGAAACGAGACAUAAAGUUCCUGCCAGAUUGCGUGGGACCCGAUACUGAAAAGGCAUGUGCCGAUCCUCCACAUGGCAGUGUCUUUUUGCUGGAAAAUCUGAGGUUUCAUAUCGAAGAGGAAGGAAAGGGAGUCGACGCUAAUGGACAAAAGGUCAAGGCAUCUCCUGAGGCAGUAGCUGCGUUUCGAGCAUCCCUGACGAAACUUGGUGAUGUCUUUGUCAACGAUGCAUUUGGAACUGCUCAUCGAGCUCACAGUUCCAUGGUUGGCAUCAAACAUGAUAAGAGGGCUGCUGGUCUACUGAUGAUGAAGGAGCUUACCUAUUUCAGCAAAGCACUGGAUAACCCUGCUCGUCCAUUCCUGGCCAUCUUGGGAGGAGCCAAGGUAAAGGACAAGAUCCAGCUCAUUGACAACAUGCUGGACAAAGUCAAUGAAAUGAUUAUCGGUGGAGGAAUGGCGUUCACUUUCCUGAAGGUCAUCGAUAACAUGGAGAUUGGAGACUCUCUGUUCGAUAGCGAUGGGGCAGGAAUUGUCAACAAACUGAUGGAUAAGGCAAAGAAGAACAAUGUUAAGAUUCACCUUCCCUGUGACUUCGUCACUGGUGAUAUGUUCAGUGAGCAUGCAGCCGUUGGAAAGGGCACCGUGAAGACCGGAAUUCCAAAGGGUUGGAUGGGCAUGGAUAUUGGUCCAGACAGCACGGCCGAUUUUAAAGAAGCAGUGAUGAGGGCCAAGACGGUUGUGUGGAAUGGCCCCAUGGGUGUGUUUGAGUGGGCCCAAUUUGCCUCUGGUACCAAAGGUGUCAUGGAUGCUGUUGUUGAGGUCACCAAGAAGGGAGCCAUUACAGUGAUCGGUGGCGGUGACACUGCAACCUGCUGUGCCAAGUUUCACACUGAGGACAAGGUCAGCCAUGUCAGCACUGGCGGUGGAGCCAGCCUUGAGCUCCUGGAAGGGAAAGUUCUGCCUGGCGUUGCAGCCCUGUCAGAUGCCUAAAAAUGCAGUUCCUGCUUUUCUCGUCUGCCGGCCUAUUGCCAUUGUGUGUGGUGUAGCAGAAAGACCAAAGUGUGGGCUCUCUGCACACAGUGCAGGAGUGCAGAGGCCCUUCAAGAUUGCUUAGGUGUGCCGUGUAUUGGCUUUGUGCAAGCGUGCAAAAAAUCG